AUGAACGAACAACAUCACAACAAUGCAUUCACAAGAUUAUCAAACACAUCUCAACAGACAACUGCAUCGGGUAAUAUUAAUAGUCGGAAAAGCUUCAAUAAAAUUAUAGACGAACAGUCUUCUUCGUACAUAAAACUAACUGCCAAGCAUCUUUGUUUGUUUGGAAUAUUCACUAUCAUAGCAAUGAUUCUUGGAAUAUUAAUAGUUUGUUUUACUUCACCCAAACCAAAGGAAACAUGUGAAUUUACCUUUAAACGAAUGAUGAAAAGUUCAAUUGUUUCCAGUUCACAACCACGAUCUGUUGCUGUUGGUGACUUUAACAAUGAUCAUCAAAUGGAUAUUGUUGUAGCGAAUUCCGGUACAAAUACUAUUGGAAUAUUUCUUUCACAAGGCGAUGAGACUUUUACAAAUCAACAGAUAUAUUCAACUGGAUCCGACUCUCGUCCUUAUUCACUGGUUGUCAAUGAUUUCAAUAAUGACAAUUAUUUAGAUAUUGCUGUUGCUAAUUAUGGUACUAAUAAUAUUGGAAUAUUUUUAGGAAAUAAAAAUGGAAUAUUUACUAAUCAACAAGUAUAUUCACUUAAUUCUUCUCGUCCAGUUUUUAUUACUAUUGGUGACUUCAAUAAUGAUAAUCAAACAGAUAUUGUUGUAGCUAUUCGUGAUACUAAUACUAUCGGUGUUCUUCUUGGAAACGGUGAUGGAUCGUUUCAAGAUCAAAUAACUUAUUCUACUGGUUAUGAUUCUUUUCCAUGUGCAUUAGUGGUUGGUGAUUUCAACAAAGAUAAUCAAUU